AUGUCGGAUAAAAUUGAAGCUCUGAUUAAGAAAAUUUCAAAGCAACCCAGAAAUGACAUCGUGGCAGAGUUAAUUGGGAAGGGAGAUAUUGACAGCUUGACGCAAUUUAGAUUAAAAUUGGUCGAGAAAGGGAGACAAUUUGAGACCUUCCCAAAAGGUGACCCUUAUAUUAGAAGAAAACCGAAAGGAUGCAGCAAGUUCUCGACCUUGGAAGAACAUUUGGCAAAUGAUAUUUGUGAAAUACACGAGUACUUUAAUACCGGGGUUGUCACAAUGGGGUUAAAGGACAUGUUCAAAAACGAAAAUGGAUCAUCCAAUCUAUCAGUUGUCAGUGAAGCAGGUGUGGUAAACACAAUUCACUGGUGUAGUGAUGCUGAAGCUGGUGCAGAGAAACCACUCAGUCAAGUUACCCCAAGUCAAGCAGAUGGUUUGUCAACACCUGGUGAAGCGAGGAAAUGUUGGAAGUCGAGAGACCUUACACAAAGUCUAACAGAUACGUUUUGCCAGGUGAAUUCCAAUUCACAUCCAGUCACCAAAACCAAACAUUCGGAUGAGAAAAUGUCCUGCAAAGACAUCCUAGUCUUAGUAAAAAACAUGAGAGCAGAACUCCUUGCAGUUAGGGAAGAAUGCGCUGAAUCAGUGAAAAGAUUUGAAAAUAAAGUUAAUGAACUCAAUUCUGUGUUGGAAGCUAGAGAUUCAAAAAUCCAAACGUUGGAAACUGAGAUAUCAAGCCUCAAAGGCAAUCAAAAGUCAUUCACGAGCAGUUUAAAGAGGAAAUAA